AUGGCAGCGUUGGGCGACGCGAUCAUUGAGUUGUUGGACGAGUCCAAAGUAUCAGGAGAGAACGGAGAGAUCUACCUCUUCCAAUGGCUGUCCUCUGUGGACGCCGCGGUUAAGAAAGCCACACCGGAGCAACUGAAGGCCAACCAAACGGCAUUGGAGGAGGAUAUGGUCAAGAUUGUUACGGCCCCAGAGUCAUUUCCGCUUCCUGGCCGACCGGUAAGAAGGCUGGUUGCGAGCUGUUUGAAGACCCUCUACACGCGCGGAGAGACCAAAUCUCUGUAUGACACAAGUCAGGCGUUCCUCAAGCUGCUUGCAGAGACGAAGCCUCCCGCUAAGGAGUCCAGCAGGAUGGCGGCCAUGUACUGUAUUGGAGAGCUUAUGGGCACUUUCGGGUCUCAGGUCAUGUCACUCAUGGCCGAAGUGGCGUCAGUCACCAUCAAGAUGUAUCGUGCUUCAAGUCCACAUAUCCAGCAACCCAUCAUCGUCCGCGCAUACUCGUUAUAUGCUCUCGCGAAGGCUCUCGGAACGGCCAAGCGAGCAGUCACGGACUCGGCUGCGAAGGACAUUAUCAGGUACAGCAGGAACGCGUUGAGUGAUAGGGCUCUUGCGGUGCAGCGGGCUGCUUGCGAGGUAGGUAGCGAAAGUAGUUCCCGUUGUCGACACAGCGAAGAAGGCAAAAAGGGCCAGAAAGAAGACGAAGACGAAGACGAUAUCCCAGGAGCGCAUGCUUCUGCUGAAGAAUCGAAGCCCAUCAUGACGCCCACCGAGAUGCUGCAGCAGCUCUCGGCGCACUUCAACAAGCCACAGGCCACCCGUCGCACACGGGUCGGUAUCUUCGACUGCUACGCCGCUCUCCUCUCCCUUCUUGGGUCGAGCUUCGUGGAGACCAACUACUCCCUAGUAGUCACCCACUUGAUGAACGAGAUCGUAACCAACCCGCGCAACACAGGGAGCCGUUACGAGAUCCUCUUCGUGCGCUCGUUGAUCGAGAUCAUCCUCCGCGACCUCAUCGGUGUGCGGCUGUUCAGCGAGCAAGCGCAGAUUGCCGCCAUCCAAGAGCUGGCCAACACGUAUCUGAAGCGGUGGCCCGCACUUAUGCCCGGCUCUUCUGCCCCCAACCAACUCUGCCUGGUCAUUGCUCUGCGGGAAGUGAGCGGGCUCGUCCAACAACUUGGGAAUGCUCCCACCCUUGUUCAGGAUGCGCUUCUCGACCCCCUUCUCAACCUCCUUGCACAUCCAAGUCACAGCGUCCGGAUCAAUACCGCAUGGGCGCUACGUGUUAUGGAGAAGCUGCAGCGCGACAUCUCCUCGCUGACGACUCCGGCAGCACCAUCCGACAUCCAUCUCCGUGCGCUCGGACAUGCAUAUGGCCUUGCUGCACUUCUCGCUGUAAUUCCUGACCGCCCACUAUACGUUUCCUACGACGUCAGCGCCAAGGUGUUCGACAUGGCCGUCCAGAUCCUCAAACGCGCCGGCGAGCACGACGUCAGGAUUGCGCAGAUUGAGAUCGAAAUUGCGUGGACCUGCAUUGCGUCCCUCAUGACGCUGGGUCCGAACUUCGUUCGCCCUCAUCUACCGCAGCUCCUCGUCCUGUGGAGGAACGCGCUCCCGAAGCCCACAACAAAGGACGGCGCCCCAGGACGUAGCAUCUCUGAAUGGGAGUUCCUUCUCCACGUCCGGGAAAGCACUAUCGGCGCGGUGCACUGCUUCCUCAAGUACAACUCCCCCACGCUGGUCACCGCAGACGUCACGCGUCGCAUAUCCUCGCUCCUCAGCAAUGGGCUCGCGUUUGCGAACACGUACCUCACCAGCCGCGUGGGGCUCAACCAAGAGGAGCUCCUGGCGCAGACGAACGGCCUCAUGAUUGACGGGCGCGAAGCGCUGCUCCGUUCACGAGUCUUCCAAUGCUUCUCGCUGCUCGGGUUCAGCGGCGUCACGGAGUCCGUCCAGAGUUCCCUCCUUCAGUCGGUGAUCCAGCUUUUCGCGAGCCCCGAUGGCUACGCGGGCUCGUCUAUGCAAGCUGCUAUCGCAACGUCUUCGGGAUCGUUCACGUCCAUCUGGCACAGCGUCGACGGGUACGCGUAUGGUCUGACGAGUCUCGAAGUCGACGACGGACCCACGGAACUUGCGAACCGGGACGGUGUUGAGAUGUCCAUCGAUGAUAUGUGCCUCAAGCCGAUCAUCACCUCUCUCGAACACGAUCCGUUGUACUUGUGUCAGCUGAGUAUGGAAGAGAACAGUCGCCACGGACAUGAACCACCUCCAGCCGCCACGGCCGCCGUGGACGGCUCCAUCGAGCUGUUUGCACAACUGCUUCCACUGCAAGACGUCGCUCAAGCCUCGCGGGUGGUCACUCAAGUACUCAGCUUCGUAGGAUCGGUUAAGCUCGAGAAGAACACCGGACGCAAGGCUGCGGCACUCGUCAAUGUAGCAUUUGCGUUAGUCCUCACAUUGCGCCAAGCCACUUCGAACAGCUCCAGACAAAUGUUUGGAAACUCCCAGGUGUCAAGUCCGAUAUCGACCUUCCUGAAAGACGUAGUCGUCGAUUCGGAUCCGGCGUUACGGAAGGCGAGCAGCGAAGCGAUCGGACGCCUCGCGAGCCUCGCAGGCACAAACUUCCUUACCAGCCAGGUCAAGACGCUCGUCGACCAGGUCGUCAGCAACCGCGAUCCUCACGGCCGCGCGGGGUGCGCGCUGGCGUUCGGCGCCAUACAUGCCCACGUUGGAGGUCUGGCUGCGGGUCCGCUCCUCAAGACAACGGCGAACGUCCUGAUGUCCCUCAUCAACGACCCUCAUCCUGUCGUGCACUUCUGGGCUCUCAGUGCGCUGGCUCGAGUCAUCGACGCGGCAAGUCUGCCUACGCGCCCUUCGUCUCCAGCACUCUGGCCUGCUCUUCAAGGUGUACAUGACAGAAUCUCACGAGCCGGACGGUCGUCUGCAGAACAUCGAUGCAGUCAUUACUGUGCUCGGCCCGACAUCCAAGACUCGACACGAACGCGGACGCUCGUGCUCGAUCUCGUGCACCAAUUCGUGGACGAAGAGGACGACGGAAUCUGCGUAGAGGCGAUCAAGUGCAUGCAGCACUUCCUCAUGUUCGCACCUGAUCACGUCGACGUCCCGGACCUUGUCACGCGCUUCCGCGGAUACCUGUCCUCCACCCGCCGGCCGCUCAAGCUAGCAUCGAUCAAUGCGCUCUACCAGCUCGUCCAGCGCGAUGCGCUGAACAUGUCGAAGCUCGGCGGCGACAAGCUUACAGUGGUGUACAACCCGUCGGCGUGGAUCGAUCUCUGCCAACGGAUCAUGAGCCGGACAACGGCGACGCAGCAGGCCGCGGACGCCGCCACAGUCGACGACGAGGGGCAGAGCCUGAGCGUCGGGACGAGCACGGCCGCCCGACAGACGUCCCGCUGGCGCACGCAGCUGUUUGCGCUGCAGUGUCUGCACAGCAUCUGCACAGUCGUGGGUCGGUCGGGUAGGCGCGAGCAUCUUGAUCUUGCGUUCGCGCGGAGCCAGGGUGUCCCGACGCACGGGCUCCUGGUUUCGCGCGUCCCGGAUCUCAUCAAGAUCGCGUUCACUGCAUCCGCAGCACACGUCACUGAGAUCCGGCUCGAGGGGCUCGCGGUGCUCACGGAUGUCAUUGAGAUCUUUGCAAAGAUUCCGGAUCCCGAUUACGAGGAGAACUUGCUGCUGGAGCAGCACCAAGCACCCAUCACCGCCGCCUUGACCCCAGCGUUCUCCUCCGACUCUACCCCGGAGAUCCUGGCCUCUGCUAUCAGGACUUGUGCAAUCUUCGUUGGGUGUGGGGUCGUCAAGGAUGUUGGGCGUAUGGGUCGUAUUCUGAGGUUGCUGACCUCGGCGCUGGAACAAUCCAAAGGCUCUGGGAUGCUCACACUCGGCGACGCUGGAGAGCUGAGUCCCAACGCCUCCGUCAUGUUACGCAUCGCGACGUUGUCAGCGUGGGCAGAGCUCGAGGUCUCCAGCACCCAUCAAGUGUACCUGGUCCAGGUUGUCGGGCCCUACCGUGCCUCGCUUGCCCCCCUAUGGGUAUCAUGUUUGCGAGAUUACGCCAGUAUCAGGAUCGACGCGGAAGCAUUAGAUGACACGCCAGCAGGCGCGUUGGACGCAUCAUACACGAGCUUAGGUCGGGAGGUUCUCCUCCCUUACUAUGUCAAAGCAUGGCCUGUCAUCCUCCACGCAGUCGCCAUCGCGAUGCAGAAGGAUGACCCCAGCAUUGUUGCAGCCAUGGAUGGUCAAGAGACGGCCCCUACCCAGCCUCCAAGCACGAAACCGGAAACUCGAGAAGACCCCGUCACCUUCUUUUUCGUCAUCUUCGGGCUCGUUUACGAGGCCCUCGCCACCUCAAGCGCCGACACCAGUCUCGACGCGCGUCGUACCUCGAUCGUAUCACUGCAGGCGCUGAAGUGCCUGGUGCGACGAAAGUACUGUGGCAGGGUGUUCAGCGACCCGCCGUUGUUCGAAGAGCUGCUGAACCUAUUCUACCGCAUGGCUCUUACCGAGCCUUCGGCUGUGCAACUUCACCUCGUCGAGGCGAUUGCGAGCUUGGCGGACAGCAUCAAGGCCAGCAGCAAAUCGAAUGGCCAUGCCAACGGCGAGAACGUCCUUGCCUCACCUCAAGCCCACUGCCUUCGCAUUUGCGCAUACAUCCUCAGGAGAGUCAUGUCUGGACCGGGCAGCGGUGCCGUUCACGACUCGUCGACGCCCGCCGAAAAGGUUCGGCUCAUCAUCUCGGCGUUCGAAGCGUUCUCCGCCGUCGCCGUUACAUUCGGGACGUCCACACGCGAAGACUUCCGGGCGCUAGCUGUGACCAUGUACUGCGAUCUGCUCAAGGAUGAAACUAGCGAGCUUGACCUUGUCGGCCCGACACUGCAGGCACUGAAGGCACUCCUCGAUAGACCUGCAAACUACUCCGACCCCGAGAACAAGUAUGGGAAGGUAGUUCAUGGCUUGCUCUCUUCGUGCCUGAUGCAUGUCGACGAGAUGAGUGGACGUGAGGGACCCAUGUGCGACAAGAAGAUUAAAAACAACCUGCUGGCCGCGGUCCUGAUCCUCACCGUCAUCCCUUCGAACGUUCCGAUAGGAAGGCCGGUCAUCGAGCACUGUUGCUUCCUCGUCUCUCAGAAACUGGUGGACGGCGGCGAGGUCUCGCUCACCGCCGCGCAUUGUGCCAAAACCCUCAUUAUGACGUCGACUUCCGGCAACCCCAUCCUACGUCAAUGCACCCGGCUGCUUAUCCCAGGUUUGGUCGAAUGUCUCGCCAGAGCAGCUGGGUCGAGCGACGAGGCGUCCCCGCCAGAGCGGGUCAUGGCAACGGUCGGGGAAAUCAACAAGGCAUUCUCGGCUCUCUUCCUCUCGCUGGGCGAGGACACCAGACCUCGCGCGCUCGGCGUGAUCAUGCCCGCCCUCAUCUUGUUCCUCGACCCAACACGCCCAUCGCCAACACCGCUCCACAGGGAAGGCAUCACCCAGCUUCUUUCCCUCGCGGCCGCUUCCCCCAACGCGUUCAAGGAUGCGACAGCGAGACUGGAGGCGCCGAUGCGGGAGACCCUGGAAACGUCGGUCAGGCAGGCGUUGGGGAGCAAAAUACAGGCGGCGGAACCGGCGAAGCCUCAGAUUUCGCUACGGUCGUUCUAG